AUGUUUAUAUGGUCGAUGGUCAUUAAUAUUAGCAUACUAAUAUAUAUACAGACACUCAAAUGUGUUAUGUUAAGAAGGAAAAAUACAAAUAAAAGAUUACCUUCAUAUAAUAUAUUAUUUCCAAGUAGGGAUUUAAAAAAAAAAAAAUAUAACUCUUUGUCACUAGGUUUUAUAAGAAAUGUUUUUCUUUUAUAUGAUAAAAAGAAAAGAGGUAAUAAAUCAUUUCAGCUGUUCAGAGGUUUUGGUGCUACAUGUUCAUAUGAAUGGAUAGAAUGUGAUGAAAAUGUGGAAGUUAAAAUUAGGAUAUCCCCAGAUAUUAAUUCUGACGAUAUUCAAUAUAAUAUUAAGAGUAAUUAUAUUUAUUUCAAGAUAAGAAAUAAACCAAAAAGCUUGAUAGAAGGAAAAUUAAAAGGAAGUGUUGAUGUUAAUUUUUCCACAUGGUUUUUAGAAAAACAAAAAGAUUGUAAUAUUUUAAAUAUCGUUUUAAAAAAAAAAAGUAGAGGUAUUAACGAAUGGGUAGGAGUAGUAGAAAAGGAAAAUAUUGUACAUGUAUCGUAUGAUAAUUUAUCAUCAUCAUCAACAAGUUCAAAUAUAUCUUAUAUGCCAUCACCCACAAAUAAUAAUAAUAAUAAUAAUGAGAAUAAUAAUAGUAGUAAUAGUAAGAAUAAUAACAUUGGUAGUAAUAGUUAUUUAUCAAACGCAUUAUUAUAUAGUCAAUAUUUCGAGAACGCUACAUUUAAUGACAUUUUUGAUUUUCUUAUUAAUUGGGCUAGUAAAAAAUCAAGCAGUCAAAAAGAAUUUGGUAUCCCUAUUCUUAAAUUAAAAACAAAUGUUAUGAAAAAUGAAGAUUCUAUAGAAAUUAUUCUAACAGGUUAUGAUAGCCUUAAAUGGGAAGCAGAAGAUAGUUUAAUUUUUAAAUUAGGAAAUAUUAAUAAAGGCGUGAGUUUAAAUAUAUAUAGAGGAAAUAUUGCUAGUGGUCUUAAAGGUACAUAUGGUAGUAUGAUUAGUUAUCUUGUUCAAGAGAGUGAAGAAAGAAUUAUUAGAAAAUUACAACAUGAUAUAAAGGGUCUCUACUAUCUUAAUCCUUUGACAAAAAAUAUACAAAAUUGCAUGCAUACUCAAUCACCACAAAGUAGUUAUAGUUAUAGAACUGACGAAAAAGAUGUAAAACAUAUAUCUAUAAAUGAAGAGGAUAAUCAAAAAGUAAAGGAUGAUAGUAUGAAUAAGAAUUUUACAUCUGAUCAUAAUAAUAAAGGAAACCAUGAGCACAAACACCACCAUCAUCACCAUAAUAAUAACAAUAAUAAUAGUAAUAAUCGUGUGGAAGAAAUAAAAAAAGACAGUGAUCAAGAAGAUAUAAUUGUAAAAGAAUUACAACUAAGUUCAACUGUCAAAUUAAGCUGUGAAGAUAAAAGUAAAGAACCAAGUUUUAUGAAGGAUUGGUCAGAAGAAAAAAAAAUUGAAUUCAGAAGAAAUUCUGUUUUAGAAUUGAAAAAGAAUCUCGAAUUAACUCAAGAAAAUAAACUUUCUUUAAGGUUAGAAGAUUAUAUUUCUCAUAUGAAAAAUUCAUUUGAUCUAACAGAUGAAGAAUCCAAAUUGGUGUGGCAGAAGGGUAUAAAAAAGACUAAUGAACAAAAGAAUAGAGAAAAGUUUUACAGAUUUACAGAAAUUGAGAACCUAACCGAAAAAAUUGGAAUGUUUAAUGUAGAUGAAGAGGAUAUUGACAACUUUUCAAACAUGCAUUAUGAAAGAAUACAAGAAGGUGCGAAACGAAAUAGUGAUACAAAUUAUAUAAAUAGUGAAGAUAAAGAUGAUACAAAUAGUGAAGAUAAUAAUGAUGAUACAAAUAAUCAAGAUAAUGAUGAUGAUACAAAUAAUCAAGAUAAUGAUGAUGAUACAAAUAAUCAAGAUAAUGAUGAUAAUACAAAUAAUAAUAAUAAUAAUAAUAAUAAUAAUAAUGAUGAUCAAAACAGUUUUUACGAUGUUACACCUAAUAUUACUAAUAGUAAUAAUAUCAACCAACAAUUUUAUAAUUGUCUAGAAAAAGAAUUAUUAGAUACACAAAAUAAGAAACAAAAGACCUUAUACGAAAUAUAUAUACAAAGUAAUGAUAAGGAAAAAAAAGAAAUGAGAGAAAAAUGGAGAGUCAACGAAAUGAGAUUAAAUACAUUAAUUGACGAACUUAAAUAUUUAGAUGAUAAUAUAAUUCCAACUGUUUGUAAUAAUUAUCGAGAUGUAUUAUUAAGUGAUGAAUAUCCAUGUUUAAUGAAAAUACGAUUAAAUGAAAAACCUCCACAAAAUCAAGAAGAAAAAAAAAUUCUGCAAAUUGUUAAUUCUUUUGUUAUGAGUCUUUAUGAUGAUAUAAAAAUAUUGAUGGAACAUGAAGAAAAAGAACAUUUAAAAAAAAUCCAACUAAUUUGUGAAAAAGUUAUACAAGAUGAAAAAGGACUUAAUGAAUUUAUUGAAUCUAUGAAACCGUUAUUAGAUUAUUCUUUUCUAGGAUAUAUUAAACACGCAAUACAAAUGGAAAAAAAAAAUAUUCAAGCUCAAAAAAAAGAUUUUAGACAACACCCAUCUGAUUGGUUAAUCAUAUUAAUGAUUAUACAAAAAGGUAUAUAUACUAUUCUAGAAAAAGACAUAUGGCAAGAUGUUAUUAAUAUCUCUGCAAUCAUAUGUCAUGAUAAUCCAGCUGUAAGAAAAACUAUUCUUACUACUAUGAUAGCAUCUAUGGCAAAAGCAGAUUGGAUCUUCUUUAAGGAUAUUAUUAAAACUUUAUAUAAAAGUGUGGAAGAAAAAAAACUCACAGCUAAUCAUUUCCCAGAUUUCCCACAUAUUCCUGAAGCCAUAUUUCAACUAAAUUAUGAUAUCGAACAAAUUUUACCUGAUUGGUUCAUAAAAGAAAUGUUAGAUGAAUAUGAUAAAUCCAUAGUAGAACAAAUGAAGUCAAAAAAACCUCUCUUCUGGAAAAUGAAGGAGAUAAAAUGGGACCCCAAAUUUGUAAACAACUUUAAAAUGUUGCAGGUACAAAAAUAUAGGGAAUAUGAAAGUUAUACGAAAAAGUGA